GACGUUUCGAGCCACGGUGUUCUAUUUCUUGGUAUCUUCUGAGAAAGCUAUAUACGUGAAAUGAUAAUGUCAGUAAAACUAAUAUUGGUGCUGUGUGGCGUCGCUACUGCAAUUCAGGAUUUGUCAAAAUUACAAUGCACACUAGCAGGCGAACGAUGUGUUUUACCCUUUAUUCAUCAAGGAAUUCAAUACAUGCACUGUGCUAUCUCCGACAGAGUACUGUGGUGUCCAUCACGCGCAAAACCAGAAGGGAAAUAUGAACUGGAUAUUUGCACCUUUUGUGAAGCGCCAUCUGUCUGCUAUAUAAGGGCAGACGAAUUUCCUCUGCAUUCGUGGAAACUAGACUGCCCGGGAGGAUGUUUUAACAUAUCGAAGCGAAUGUGGAGUUCGACAAACGAUAAUGAUAUUGUCAGAUACUCCGUGGACUCGUUUGUUUGUGCAGCUGCCAUUAGAGAAAGAAAAAUUAACGGUGCGAUUGGCGGCACAGUUCUUAUUAAGAAGUCGAGUCAGAAGCUGGAGAAAGUCGUGGACGACAACGCAAAAUCAUGGCUGAAGCUCGAAGACAAACUGGCGCCUCUUUUUUCUUUUGCAGACCCUGGAAAACAAACACCGAUACCACGACUUCUGUUUUCAAAUCAAAAAGACGUCAGAGUUGUGAGCAAAGGAAGUGUGGAAGUUCUGGUGAAAAAUCAGAAGAACGUUGUUGCUAUCGCUUUGGAUUCAGCUAGAAAUAUUCUAUAUUGGAGCGACGUGGAGGCGAUGAAAAUAUUCAGAGGAAAUCUCACCGCAUCAGAAGGCGGAAAACAAGUACAAGCAAUGUCUUCCCUCAUAGUAAAGCGACCCGAUGGAUUGGCGUAUGAUUGGAUCCACAAGUUGCUUUUCUGGUCGGACGCAGAUCUACAUACAGUUAGUGUUUCGACUGAUCUCGGAAAUUAUCCCAAGACAUUGAUUAAUAGACCUGCAAGUUAUGUGCCGAGAGAUAUAGCAUUGGAUCCGAAAAGGGGGUACAUGUACGUUACAGACUGGGGGGACAAUGCUAAGAUAGAGAAAUGUCAUAUGAGUGGAAUGGAUACCUGUCUCACUGUUGUCGGUCAUGAUAUAAAAUGGCCGAACGGAAUUGCUUUAGAUAUAGAAAAUGAUUUGAUAUACUGGGUUGAUGCUCAUAUGAAUUCCAUAUCAGUCGCAACAUCAGAUGGAGACUUCAGACGUGAACUUGUCGCAUCAAAGCAUGUUGUAAAACAUCCGUAUUCUGUGAUGCUCCAUGGUAGUAGAUCACUUCGCAAAAUAUUUUUCUCAGUAUAUUGGACAGAUUGGAAUCGAGGCAUUUUGAGCGUCGAUAAAGAAACAGGAGUUGAUGUUCAUUUGCAUUUCAUGGAUUUAACAAGGCCAACUGGAAUCGCGUUGUAUGACGCUGAGUUGCAACAUAAUUAUUUGAACCAUUGUGAAAGAUCGCCAUGCAAGUACCUGUGUCUCCCAACGCCUAUUGGAUUUGAAUGUGCAUGUCCUGACGGAUAUGAACCUAUAUCUAGAGAUGAAUCUGAUUGCAAAGUAAAACCGUCACUCGUGGAUGAGAAAAAUGUGCUUGAAAACGUUAUCGAGACAACUGAAUUCACCUACGACGUGAAAUCGGAGUUUGAUGAAGAGAAACAGAGAGAUAAGAAGGGAAGAGCGGCUUACGAAGAUUUGUAAUCUAGUAUUAUGAAGACGCGGAUAAUCCUUUAGCCACAGCAAUUUACAAUUAUUAUGUAAAAUGAUUGGACUCCCUAUGCAGUAUAUAUUUUGUAUUUUUACGUAAUAAUGGUGUUUACUUGACUUUCCACUUGUCUAGAGAUGUUUGGUCUGACAGACCCGCAAAUAAUUCAUGUAUAACAUAGUGUUGUAAAGAGUCUGUCUGAACUCAUUCAUUUUCAAGAUAUAUAAAAUCUGGAGAAUAUAAACGACGAAUAGAUUGACUUUUACUUAGUUUAAAGUUAUUAGGUUACGACUACAUUUCUUGUUUAAUUCUUUCAUCGUCGUAUUUCCACAGGCUGGAAUAUACACGAUCACAUUUCAUCAGUUAUGUAUGUUUCACUUUAGCAAUUAUGUGUAUCCAAGUUCAUAGUUAUUAGACUAUUUUUGAUUAAUAUUUGUUUUUGUUUUAUUGUAUUGAACACUUUCAAGCGGUCUCACCUUUUGCAUAUGUAAUGAGUGAUAAUCAAACUUUU